UCUUCUUCUUCUAAUAAAUAAAACCGAAAGGAAGAGGUAUCAUAUUAUAUAAUACAGUAUAUAAUAUACAUAUACAUAUAUAUAACGAGAGAAAGGAACGAAGGAACGAAAGAAAUAUAUAUAUAUAUACAAUGGAAUUUGCCAGUGAUCUUGAUAACCGCCUUUUGUUUGCCGUUCCCAAGAAGGGCCGUCUUUAUGAACAAUGUCUCGAACUUCUCAAGGGCUCUGACGUCCAUUUCCGUCGCAACAGUCGUCAGGACAUUGCCUUGAGUACAAAUCUGCCUGUUGCCCUGGUAUUCUUGCCUGCCGCAGACAUCCCAAAAUACGUAGCCGAGGGUAAUGUCGAUUUGGGUAUCACUGGUCAGGACAUGGUUGUAGAGGGUGAGUGCGAGGGUAAGGUCGACGAGAUUGUUGAACUUGGCUUUGGCAAGUGUCGUGUGUGCCUCCAAGUACCUGUCAAGAGCGGCCUCACCACUCUCGACGACCUGGUCGGAAAGCGUAUCGUUACCAGCUUUGACGCCUAUGCUCGCACUGUAUUUAGCCCCCUUGAUCAGGCCACAAAAAAGAAAACAACCAUCAGCUACGUGUCUGGAUCCGUCGAAGCCGCCUGUGCUCUUGGUUUAGCCGAUGGAAUUAUUGAUCUUGUUGAAUCCGGUGAGACAAUGCGUGCUGCUGGUCUUCACGAUAUCCACACCUUUUUCACAACUCAGUCAGUCUUAUUGGCUAACAAGAACACCAAGCAUCCCGAGCUUGUAGAGAAGAUUGCAACACGCGUACGUGGUGUAAUUGCAGCCCAGAGAUAUGUACUUUGCACCUACAAUGUCGAGCGUAAGAACCUCGAGAAGGCCAAGUUUAUUACACCUGGUAGACAAGCUCCCACUGUAUCCACCCUGGACUCGCAUGAGGGAUGGGUUGCAGUCUCAGCAAUGAUUCUUCGCAAGGAAAAGGGAGAGAUUAUGGACCGAUUGACAGAGAUUGGAGCCACCGAUAUUAUGGUCAUGGCUUUUACAAACUGUCGCGUUUAAUUUUUAAUUUAAAAUAUAUACAUACAUACAUACAUACAUACAUAUAUGUAUAUAUAUAUAUAAAAAGU